UCAUUUCGUACUGGAAAAGCCAUGUAUGAACAGAUAUCCCCACAACAUGAUUACUUUCCAAUCAAUCAUUUGGCCUUUUUCUUUUCUUUUUUUUUUUUGGCAGCUAAAAGGCAGGAGGGAACUAGACUUUCCCAUGCUUCUCGUUGCCUCUGGUUAAACCCUAAAAAUUGAAAAAACACAGGCUAGACAAACAGAAGAACAACCGGCCAACGCGUACGGCAUCAAAGCGGUCAGAAAGUUGCCAAAUCGAUAAAUCCCGACACGUGUCACCACGCAACAUCCCUUCCAGAAUAUUACAGCAACUUCUUCCCAGUUUCUGUUCCUCCCCUUAAACUCUCUGCUCUGCAUCUGCAUAGCGUCACUUUCGUUUUCAUUUUCAUCUUCCCCAACUGAAAUUGAAAGCGAAGCAACCUCAAAAUAUUGAAUUAACAUGCGAUCGAGCUUAGGAAUCACAUCAAGAAGGUCGUAUCGGGCCUUCUUUCAAUCCAACAACGCUCACCGCCCGCGGAAUCACGACAUCGCUGCAAUUGCCGCUGUAGAGAGAAAAACAGAGCACAAACCCAUCACCGGGAGCCACCAAGAACCGCCGCUUUCGCCCCCGAAUCUUCCGUAUCCCUCUUCUCCGAGGCUCCAGAUCUUUGGGGUUAAGCGGCGAUUGGACCCAACUGCGCUGCAGAAGCGCAGUUCGUCGUCAAUUGAAGAGGUCAACUGCGUGGGGCUAGACGGCACGCCGGUGGGGGGAGAACGGCGAGAGGUUGAAGACGGCCGCGCCGAUGAGGAGCAGAUGGUGGAGUACUACAGGCAGCACAAGGCGUCGCCGCUGUCGGAGAUAGAGGUGGUGGACACGAGGAAGCCGAUCACACAGGCGACCGACGGGACAGCCGGAGACUACGAGGGCAGAGGGGAGGAGCGGGUGGUGGGGUGGAGGCCGGAGCAGCUGGACACGGCGGAGGAGGCGCUGAGGAGGGCCAUGGAGAUUUGGAGGGAGAACGCGAUGCGGGGGGAUCCUGAUUCUCCGCAUGGUAGGGUUCUCAGAGGUCUGCACGGUGAAGUGUAAUGGAUGAUCUUCUUUUUGCAGUUGAUGAUGAUGUACAGUUGUGUUGAUGAGUCAAAUUGUAAAUAGCAAAUAAUAAAUCCUUUGUAAUGAUUAAUCAAA